UCUUCUUCUCCUCAAUAUUCACAAAACUCAGCUUUUGAUUUCUCAAUUCAUCUUCUUCUCAGCUUUAGGGUUUCCAUUGUUCCGAUCAACAAAUUAACUUCAAUGUCUACGAAUUCCAAUUGCACCGUCUACAUAGGAAACGUAGACGAGAGAGUAAGCGAUAGGGUUUUGUAUGAUAUCAUGAUUCAAGCUGGUAGAGUAAUCGAUCUACACAUUCCUCGUGAUAAAGAAACUGAUAAACCUAAAGGCUUUGCCUUUGCUGAGUAUGAGACUGAAGAAAUCGCUGAUUACGCCGUUAAGCUUUUCUCCGGUCUUGUUUCGCUUUAUAAUCGGAAUCUGAAGUUCGCUAUAUCUGGACAGGAUAAGUUACAGGCGAAUUCCGGUCAGAGGACGAGACCGCAGUCUUUGGCUUUCGAGCAUUCGGAUAGAGGUUAUAAUCAUCAUCACUCGGAGAGGUUUUCGUCGCAAUUGAUUUCUCCACCUUCACCAUUGCCUCUGGAUUACACACAAGAGCCACCUCCACCAGGAGUAUCAAAUGGAGCUAGUUUGGAGUAUAGUAGAAGGGUUCUGGGUUCGGCACUAGAUAGUAUCAACCAUUCAAGACCACGUCGCUACUGAACCAGUGAUAAACACUUGCUUUUCUCUGUUAGAAUGAUUAUCGAUCCACGGGAAGAGAAACACAGCAAGAAACUGAUGUAACCUUUUUUCCCUUAUAAAAGACAGAUAUAUCUGUGUUGUUUGUGACAAAAGUACCUUAAACUGUUACAUUUUGGAUUAUCGCCAAAGUACCUUAAACUGUUACA